CAAAAUAAAAUACUACAGGAUAUCCCAAUCUCUCCUCCCCCCACCAGCAAGGAAACAUUAUAAAAGGAUUGGAACACAUGAGAGGACGUCUUUUCUAAUGAAGACAAUGAUGCAGCAAGGAUGAUUGAAGAAAAAUGAAUUAUGUUCAGUAGAUAAUUAGUUUUUUUAAAAUAACAGCAAGAAAAGCCACACCACCAAUUUUAAUGUUAGAAAAAGUUUGCCAGAAGUUUAGUUUCUAUAGAAAAGGGUUUUAUCACUAUAUGUUUGAGUAGCUAAAGUAUCUCUUCAGCAAUAUUGUGAAAUAUUCAUAUUCUGGAUUGAGAAAGGGGGUUAUUAAGCAAUUGAUUCAUACAGACUUUGCAAACUGCAAGAGCUGUAAAUAAAGUAGUCACUGUGUCUCAUCCCAAGUCUUGAUCAGAGAAAACUUAAGGGAGCCAGUGUUUUAUGUUGGUGUUUUUCUUUUGGAGUGUGAGCUAGGAAAUGGUUCACAACAGGAACUUUAAGCUGAAAUAAGAUUGUGACAGAAAAGACAGAGCUUAAACGUUGGGCUUGUGAAAAGCUGAAGUACUGGCACAACAACAGUAGAAAGAAAACAAGAUUUUUUUCUCAAGGCUUUCUAAAUUCAUUCUAAUGGAAGGAGAGGCAACAGGUAACUCAGUGCCAGGUACAAAGAGGACUGCCAGCAAAGCCAUUCGGAUAGCCCUUGGUGUGUUCAUAAGUGUUACCGUAGUGCUUGGAAUUGUACUUUUCUUGGUUAGCCAAGGUCUUAUAAACCUUUAUCCUAAGCAACAGUAUUGCUUGACAUCAGAAUGCAUUGAAUCUGCUGCCUCCAUCUUAAGCAAAGUAAACCAGUCCGUGGAUCCCUGUGAGAACUUUUUUCGGUUUGCCUGUGAUGGGUGGACAUCUAAUAAUCCCAUUCCUGAAGACUCAUCAAACUAUGGAGUUUAUCCUUGGCUGAGGCAAAAUGUGGACCUCAAGUUGAAAGCUCUGCUAGAGAAACCUAUCAGCAAGAGACGGGACAGUGAAGCUGUACAGAAGGCCAAGAUCCUUUAUUCAUCAUGUAUGAAUGAAAAUAAAAUUGAAAAAGCUGAUGCAAAACCACUGUUAAGUAUACUGAAGCAUUCACCGUUCCGUUGGCCUGUGCUAGAAUCUAACAUUGGGCCUGAAGGGCAAUGGUCAGAAAGGAAGUUCAGCAUGCUUCAGACCCUUGCGACUUUUCGUGGUCAGUACAGUAACUCUGUCUUCAUCCGUUUGUAUGUGAGUCCUGACGACAAAUCCUCCAAUAAACACAUCUUAAAGCUAGACCAAGCAACUCUGUGUCUCUCUGCACGGGAAGACUACCUUGAUAAUACCACAGAAGCUAAGUCUUACAGAGAUGCCUUUUUGCAGUUCAUGGUGGAUAUUGCAGUGCUUUUGGGUGCUAAUGCCUCCCGUGCAGAGUCUGAUAUGAAGUCGGUUCUGAAACUGGAAAUUAAAAUAGCUGAAAUAAUGAUUCCACACGAGAAUCGAAGCAGUGAAACUAUGUACAAUAAAAUGAACAUAUCUGCACUUAGCACCAUGAUCCCUCAGUUUGAUUGGCUGGGAUACAUCAAGAGGGUGAUUGACACCAAACUCUACCCUCAACUUAAAGAUAUAGGUCCUUCAGAAAACGUGAUUGUCCGUGUGCCCCAGUACUUCAAAGACUUGUUCAGGAUACUAGGAAAUGAAAGGAAAAAGACUAUUGCCAACUAUCUAGUAUGGAGGAUGGUUUAUUCAAGAUUAUUUAACCUCAGCCGACGCUUUCAGUACAGGUGGCUAGAAUUUUCUCGGGUAAUCGAAGGAACCACAUCCUUACCGCCUCAGUGGGAUAAAUGCGUAAACUUUGUUGAAGGAGCACUCCCUUAUGCCAUUGGCAGGAUGUUUGUGGAUGUCCAUUUUCAAGAGGACAAGAGAGAAAUGAUGGCAGAGUUGACUGAAGGGAUUCGCUGGGCCUUUAUCGACAUGUUGGAAAAAGAAAAUGACUGGAUGGACUCUGGAACAAAAAGGAAAGCUAAAGAAAAGGCAAAAGCCGUUUUGGCAAAAGUGGGUUACCCUGAGUUUAUAAUGAAUGACACAUAUAUUAAUGAAGACAUCAAAACAAUGAAGUUUUCAGAAAAUGACUAUUUUGGCAACGUACUGCAGACCCGCAAAUAUUUGGCCCAGUCUGACUUCUACUGGCUUAGAAAAGAAGUUCCAAAGACAGAGUGGUUUACUAGUCCAACCACUGUCAACGCUUUCUAUAGUGCAUCUACCAACCAGAUCAGAUUCCCAGCAGGAGAACUCCAAAAGCCUUUCUUUUGGGGGACAGAAUAUCCUAGGUCUUUAAGUUAUGGUGCCAUUGGAGUAAUUGUUGGGCAUGAGUUUACCCAUGGUUUUGAUAAUAAUGGUCGUAAAUAUGACAAAAAUGGAAAUUUAGACCCCUGGUGGUCCACUGACUCUGAAGAAAAUUUCAAAGAGAAGUCAAAAUGCAUGAUUAACCAAUACAAUAGCUAUUACUGGAAGAGAGCUGGCUUAAAUGUAAAAGGGAAGAGGACUUUGGCAGAAAACAUUGCAGACAAUGGUGGUUUGCGAGAGGCUUUCAGGGCCUAUCGGAAAUGGAUAGAAGAAAAAAGACAAGGAGUAGAGGAGGCUUUGUUACCAGGCAUUCCAUUCACCCACAAUCAGCUCUUCUUUCUUAGUUAUGCUCAUGUGAGAUGCAAUUCUUUCCGACCAGAAUCUGCAAGAGAGCAAAUCUAUACUGGAGUUCACAGCCCUCCUCAUUUCAGAGUUAUUGGUGCAAUGAGCAACUUCGAGGAGUUCCGUAAAGCUUUCAAUUGCCCAGUAAAUUCAACUAUGAACAGAGGUGCAGAAUCCUGUCGGCUAUGGUAGAUGGUCUUUUUAAAUCUGGUGCCAAGAGGGUUUUUUAAUACAAAGUGCUGUUUCUGAACUCUAACCCUCUGCUUACAGCUUCAGAGCAACGUUCAGCAGCAUGGAGAGAUUUUAUUUUUUUGUAAUGCAUCUUCAUCAUCUGGGUGGGUGACCUGCACAAAUCUAACCAUUGUCUGUUUAUGAUUUGGAAGCUUUAAAAAUCAGACAGGAGAAAGAAGAUUCAGGAAAAAAAUUGACACUCCAUGGUUAGAUUGCUGUUGAUGGAUUGCUGCCAUUACUCAUUCUACUUCCUGAUCUAUAGAGCUAAAUGUAGAAUACAAUUUUAAUCUAUUGCUUUGCAGGAAGGCUGAGCAAAAUCUUCCCUUACAAAAUUCAGUCCUUCCAGAUUUUCUUUAUUUCAUGAUAACUGUUAUGUAGCCAGUGCUGAUCUCCUGUGCACGAUACAGUUUUUUGGUAACAUACGUUAUGGCUACACAGCAUGCCAUCAAUGAUUUUCCAUGAUGUUAAGACACGAGAUCUUAUAUAAAUUCAAUUUAAGAAGUCAGAUCAAUGCCUGAGGUUGAAGCAGCUCCUCAUUGUUUCCAUCUGCACUGACUAAUCUCAAAAAUUACUUGUCAAGUCCUGGGCCGCCUUCAUGAGUGCCUUAAUAGCACCAUAUGGCGAAAAUCUAAGAGUGGAAAUGAGGUGAGGGUAGGGAAUCCCUGUCACUGUGAAACACUAGAAUGAUUGCAUUAUUAUGUGUAGCCUUAAUUCCUGUUCCUAAGAGGCACACACUUGCAAUAUGGGGUAUAGUUCACCUUUGUAUACAGGGCCUGAACAAGGAAGCUGCACCACUAACAUCUCGUGAAAGUCCCGUGCAGUACCUACGUCCCACUUGAACCCUACAAGCUGGGGUUUAAGUGAAAUAUAAGUGGUUUAUAGAUUUGUAUUCAAUGUGAGCUCUACUCAUGAGCAAUUGCUCAGUGCCCCAAGAAAUGUAAAGACCCCCAUUCAUGUGUUGUAUGCAUGGGAGCCCCCUAAUGGGCAAUCACCACCUCUGUUUGUACUAGCCCCCUGCACAGGAGUGACAUCCACCCAUCUCUAAAGGGGAGAUGUGACUCAGGAGCGUAGCAUCUUGAAUGUUGUCCUUUUUGCCUCAAAAGACAUAUUUCGAGAUGGGGUAUGUAACCAGGCAACUUAAGUCCUUCAUCUGAUUUCCACCAAUAAUAUUCUUAAAAGCAUGUUUUCUAUUGUGGUAAACUAUAUUAUGUAGUAGUUAGGAAAGAAAGGCAACCAAAAUAAUCUCUUGCCCAAGGAAAUAUAUAGAAGUGGGUUUUAGGUAUAAUGUACAGGAUUUAACUGAUUUUUACAUAGAAGAAUAAUUUCACGUUGUCAGAAGUUUUACUGUAGUAGUUUAAUAAAAAGAUCUUCCCCUUUAAAUGGCUUGGCUUAAAAAAACAUUACUAGUAUCAAAACAGGGGGUUAAGGUUACUGAGUAAGGCUGAUUGAAUUUUUUUUCCAGCAAAACCGGCUUUAAUCAAAAAUCCAAUUUUCUAUCAAAUAAAAAUUUUCAUUAAAGUUGUCUUUUUUUCUGUGCCUCGUAUGGGGGGAGGGGGAGGUGAUGCACUGGGGAAAUAUAGUUUGCUCAAGGAGCCCAGCCUAGACAGGAGAAUGGGAGCAUGAGGGACCUGAACUAUAUCUCCCGUGAGGCACUGCAACAGCUUUUCUAAAUAAAAAAUUUUUUUGGCCAAAACAUUUCACUAAAAAGUCAAUUUUCUCCAGGAAGAGAAAAAUAUUUGCCAACUAACUUUGAGUUCUACACCACUGAAAAGUAAUAAUUUUCCCUGAAGUUAUCUGCCAAAGUUGUAAUUGAGAUGAUCAGUAUUUUUCAUAAGGCCCUCUUAACUACAGAAAUAAGGACUCCUUGUUUAAGUUCUAUUAAUAGGACUCUAUGCAUGAUAGAGUUGCUCUUAAAGUUACUUGUUCUAGUAAAUUGACUUGUGAAUACAUUCAUGCUCUGGACAUGCAUAUUGGCAUUAUUCAGAAACAACGGAUAGUCUUGUUGCACCUUAAAGACUAACAAAUAUAUAGGAUCAUGAGCUUUUGGGAUAUAGUUCAGCUUUGUAUACAGAUGCAAACUCUCUUCUUCAGAUGAGAUGGAGUGGACUUUCCAGGGAGUUAGUGGAGUUUUUGAAGUUACACACAUUAUUUGAAAAAGCAGUGUAAAGUUCAGAGGUAAAAUCUUGGCCCCACAGAAGUUGCUAGGAGUUUUGGUACUUACAUAAAUGGGACCAGAAUUUCAUCUGUAGGCUUAUCUCUGGACAAUACAGAAACAGUUUCACGAUAGUCUGUUUUCUUUUGAGAUUUUUUUCCUUUGUGCUCUACCGGGUCAUAAAUAUAACGAAAAUCACCUCUUCCCAGCACUCAUUCUUCAACUCCCAGCCUUAGCCCAGAAGUGAUGUGCACAAAAAAUGAAAUAAACAAAGUUAGCCAAAUUGUUUUGGACAUUGAAAAAAUUGUAGCUCAAGUUUGAGUGUUGGGCUGAGUGCUAUUCAUUUGAGUUUAUCUAAACAUAGUAGAAGUAAGAGGAAAACACAAAUAGUUAACAUCACUGGGUUUCAUUAACCAGUUUUGAUUGACCUUUGACAUGCCAUAGUGAUAUAGACCAAAGAAUUAAAUCAUUAGCUAUUGGUCUAUAAAGACUAUUAACCUUCCUGCAUUAGGAUAUAAGCCAACUACUAAGUACCUGGGGUUAGUAAGGAACUUCCCUGUUUGAGGGAGGUAUAAAAGCCCCACUAGGGCAUGUGGCUCUGUACAGGUCAUUCUCAGACAGGAAAUUGGACUAGAGAGAGGCCUGUGGUCUAGUGCUGCACAGCUCCUGUGUCCCUAAAAAAAGCUAUUGUUAGCAAAUAGCACUAUUGCUAAGCUCCUGGCGUAGAGAUUGGGAUGCAACCUAUUCUAUAAACAGGAUUUUAGCUUGCAAUGGCUGACUUCCUGUGAUCUUUUAAAACUCAGUUUGCCCUUGGGGGCCUCAUCCCACAGUUGAUUGCCCUGGUAGAUGUACAAACAUCUGUGAAGCUUCACUAUAGCCAGUGCGAUCUGUUCUUAGAGCCUGAAAAUACAAACUCAACUCCUAUUGAAAUAGCCAAGGCAGUACUUUGGUUGUUGCCCUGUAAAAUAAUUAUUUAGGCGCAAGAGCCACUAAAGACUCUCAGGUGAAUCUUAGUUGUGAAUUGUAGCCAUUCUGAGAGGGAAAAAUGAAACUGGACACAGGUUUUGCCUACAUUUUUUAACAAACUUUUGUGUCUUUGUGGUAUUUAAUGCCCAAAGUAGUGAGACUUUCCAGGGAGUUAGAUUAUAAAAGUCAACAAAGUCACAACAAUGUAACAACAUACUACAGCAAACCCUUGACACCAAUAAUUGUGUCACAAGUGACCAGUUGAAAUGGGAGCACCUGAAGAACACAAUCUACGAUGCAGUUCUAUUAGUCUUUGGGAAGAUGGAAAACUAGGCCAAUGACUGCUUCAAUGCAUAUUCAUGUAUUGACACCAGUCACAGUCCAAACACACAGUCCAAACUAACAUCAAAAGAGACCCAAAUGAAUAAACCUGACAAGCAUUGAGAGUGGCAAGAACCAAGGUACUUGACACUGUGCCAAUGACUAUUGGUUGCACUUAAUGGAAAGCAUCCAAGUAGCAGCUGAUCCAGGAAACACUGGAAACAAAUAUGGUGGGAUCAAGAAAGCCUAGAAUACAACUUCAAAGAAGACAGCCCCAUUGAAAUCAACAACAGGAAAGGAACCAAUGACUUCACCAAGCAGAUGCAUAGCUCAGUAGAACACUAGCUUUACGUCUCCUGAAAAUAUUGUUAUGGAUGCAGCCGUCACCCAACUAUGAUCCUACUUGAUGAUUAACCGACUGUCAAGGAGUUUAGCCUUGCCAUAUAUGGCCUCCCUAAUGGAAAGGUUCCUGGAAAAGACUGCAUAUCACCAGAGGUUAUAAAAUGCAGAAAAUCUGUUCUAGUACAACAUGUUCACAAGUUGCUCUGCCUGUGCUGGAAAGAAAGUGAAGUACCACAAGAAAUGAGAGCUCUCAACAUCAACACUCUCUAUAAAAACAAGGGUGACAGGAGAGACUGUAAUAACUGUUGUGACAUUUCUUUUGUUAUUAUUAAAGCCUUUAUCCAAGUUGUUCUGAACAGACUUUAGACCUUUGCAGACCUGUUCUGAAUCACAGUGUGGCUUUGGAGUGGAAAGGUUUGCUAUUGACAUGAUCUUCUUGCUGAGAUAGCUAUUUCGGAGAAAUAUAGAGAACAAGAAAAGCCCCUCUACAUACCCUUCAUUGAUUUCAUAAAGGCUUUUGACUUUGUCAACAGAAGUGGACUAUUUGUGCUUUUUGAAAAGACUGGAUGUACCACCAACAUGAAAAUAUGUAUGGCACAGUCCAAUAUGAUAGUUCUGUUUUUGGAGCUUUCCAGAUCUGUAGUGACAUUAACCAAGAUUGUGUACUUGCUCCUAUUCUGUUUGGGAUUUUCUUCUCCCUCCUACUGGAACCAGAUUUUUGUUCCUCAACUGAGGGAAUCUACAUGCACACAAGAUUUGAAUCUUGUCAGACUCAGAUCUAAAAUCAAGACUUGGGAGGACCUUAUUCUACACUUCCUCUUUGCUGAUCGUGCAGCUGGGACAACCUGCCAAAGACUUUGAACUUUUUAUAAGCCUAAAAGAGACUAACAUAAUGUGCCAAGGAGCUGAGGAAGCACAUUCCAUCUGGAUCAACAACUGUGAACUAGAAGUGGUGAAAUUCAUAUAUCUGGGUCCAUAUCGCAGUCAACCUUUACUUUGAAAUGGAACUCAACAUUCUCAUUGGAAAAGCUGCCACAAAAAUGUAUAGACUGAACAAGAGGGUAUGGCAAAAGAAAAAACUGACAGAUCACACGUAGAUCUGCAAGUAUCACGUAUGUAUUAUCAGAACACUUCUGUAUAGGGGUGAGACAUGAACCUUAUACUUUCAACAGGGACAGAGGCUCCACAGCUUUCAUAUGUGUUGCUUUUUGAAUCUUUGGUAUCUCCUGGAGGGACAGAAUCACCGACACUGAGGCGUUCAUAUGGGCCAGCACACCAAGCAUGCAAUACUUCUCAACCAGAGAUAACUCUACUGGCUUGAGCAGGUGUGCCAAAUGAAUGAUGGGCAUAUCCCAAAGUAUAUCACCUAUAGUAAAUUGGCAUCUGGAAAAAUCCCCAAAGGAUGCCAAAAUUUCAUUUCAAGGAUGUUUGCAAGUGAGACCUCAAAGAAAUGGACAUGAAUAUGGACAAAUGGGAAGAUCAUACUCAUGCCUGCAGCCUUUGAAACAAGAGCUUAACAAAGGUCUCCAGAAUUGCAAGAGGAAGCAGUCCAGCUUAGCACAGGAGAAAAUAACAUGCAGAUGUCAAAGGGCAAUGGUUUGAAACAUUGUGACAGAGUUACAGAUAAGGCAGAUUGACUCUCUCAAGUGGGUCUCUUCAGCCACAUUCAUGGCUGCCACAAAACCAAUUCAGUAAAUUCUUUACUUCUCAGGGCACAUAUCCAUGGCCUCUUGAGACUGAAGGAUGUCUAUAUUUAGAUUAUGGCUCAUUGAUUCCAAUGGAACAAGUUGACGAGUACAGAAUUCCUCUAUUAUGCCAAUGCUGCCUCCUCUUUAAAGGUGUAUAAUGUCCUUUUUGCCUCAUUAAAUGUCAUUUUCACUGAUCCUGGGCAUUUCUAGGAUCAGCUCUUUGCCAUGUGGCAACACACGGUUACUCUUACUGCCAGUGGGGCCACCUUGAUUCACUGGAUUAUAUUUUAGUCUAAACCACAUUGCUGAUGCCCAUAAUUGAUGUUCAAUUGCUUGCCUAAUAGCCAGAAGAAAGCAGAACAAAAGACAAUUAAGCACAUUCUUAAAAAGUGUUACAGAGAAUUAUAAUAAUGCUUUCUGAUGUUUCCUCUUAUUACCAUUAUGUCAGUGGUCCCUUUUAUAGCUAGGUGGUGGGGUAACUGUCCCACACUGAUGCUAUGUCUAGACUGAUGCUUUUUUUUUUUUUUUUUGAAAAAGUUACGCA